GGUUGCUGGCUAUCAGAGAAGGUGCUCCUGGGCUUUUCACUUCCUGCUUUGGGGUGCCUGCAGGCUGGAAUGGAUGGAAGGGUGGAGAGGGGACAGGCUUUAAGAACCUGGGGAAUGGGCUCAUUGGCGCUCACCUGGAGCACUGCUCCUUUCCAACACGGAGUUCUUGAGGAAGUGCUGAGUUACCUCCUGUGGAACUGUUUUUGUGCAGCUUAUUUUGACUACAAGGAUGAGUUGGGGUUCCCGAAGCCGCCGUCCUACAACGUGGCCACCACUCUGCCCAGCUACGACGAGGCCGAGAGGACCAAGGCUGAGGCCACCAUUCCCUUGGUUCCUGGCAGGGAUGAAGAUUUCAUGACACGGGAUGAUUUUGAUGACACUGACCAGCUGAGGAUAGGAAAUGAUGGCAUUUUCAUGCUGACUUUCUUCAUGGCAUUCCUCUUCAACUGGAUUGGAUUUUUCCUGUCUUUCUGUCUGACUACUUCAGCUGCAGGACGAUAUGGGGCCAUUUCUGGGUUUGGUCUGUCUCUUAUUAAGUGGAUCCUUAUUGUCAGGUUCUCCACCUAUUUUCCUGGAUACUUUGAUGGCCAGUACUGGCUUUGGUGGGUCUUCCUUGUACUAGGUUUUCUGCUGUUUCUCAGAGGAUUUAUUAAUUAUGCAAAGGUCAGGAAGAUGCCAGAUACGUUUUCCACCCUCCCCAGAACCAGAGUUCUCUUUAUUUACUAAAGAUGUUUUCUGGCAAAUGUCUUCCUGCAUUAGUGAAAUCCCCCCCCAAGAAGCAGCAGGACACCUGCAGGAAGUGAAUCAAGGCUCUGGAGCAGAAGAAAAAAUAAUCACCUGCUUUAAAAUAAAUAAAUAAAAGUACUGUUGGAAAAAGAAAAAAAAAAGAAGAAGCAUUUAUUUCUAUUUGUUUUUAGGUGUAAAGUUUUAUUAAUUAACACAGAAAUCUGUAAUUGUUGACUCAUUAGUGGCUAAUGUUUGAAGCAGCUCUUGCAGUGAGUCUGAUGUGCUGAUGGAGCUUUUCAGGCAGUUUGUGGUGUUGGGGCAGCAGGAGCCCUCCCGGGGCCAGCAGGGGCCAGGCUUGCUUUAGUUCCUCCUCC